CGCGUUUAGUCGGACGUUGACGUAGUUGCCAGCCAUAAGCAGAAACCCGCGAGCAGUGAUUGUGCGUGCGUACUUCUCGCUCGUGUGUCGAUCCUCAACCAGCAAGCAGGCGAAGAAGAAGAAGUACCCCUAGCUCCGGUAGAACUACACUAUCAGCACGGAAAGAUGCUCUCGAAACUUAUCAUCCUGUCGUGCCUGGUGGCGGUGGCCAUCUGCGAGUCCAAGCUGAAGGUGGAAGUCGUGAGCGUGCCGGAGGGCUGCACCACCAAGUCAAAGAAUGGUGACAUGCUAACGAUGCACUACACCGGCAAGCUGACCGAUGGCACCAAGUUCGACUCGAGCUUCGACCGUGACCAGCCUUUCACCUUCCAGCUUGGAGCCGGACAAGUCAUCAAGGGUUGGGACCAGGGAUUGACAGACAUGUGCGUCGGUGAGAAACGCAAGCUAACCAUCCCGCCAGAGCUCGGUUAUGGAGAUCGGGGAGCCGGAAAUGUCAUUCCCGGCGGUGCCACGCUGGUGUUCGACGUCGAGCUGAUCAACAUCGGUGAUUCGCCCCCGACGACCAACGUGUUCAAGGAGAUCGACGAGAACAAGGACAUGCAGCUGAGCCGCGAGGAGGUCAGCGAGUACCUGAAGAAGCAGAUGGUGGCCGCCGACGGUGGUCAGGAGUCGGAGGACAUCAAGAAUAUGAUCGCCGAGCACGACAAGCUGGUGGAGGAGAUCUUCCAGCACGAGGACAAGGACAAGAACGGCUACAUCUCGCACGACGAGUUCUCCGGCCCGAAGCAUGACGAGCUGUAGAAGGACGCGACGGGGUGGAAAACCGCGGCACUUCGGUGCUUGUUAAUGUUUUGUCCUUUUUAAGUAAUUUUAUUAUUUUCCUUUUUUUUCCUUUUUACGUUGACGAACAUUGUCCAACUCUAUUUAACGUACGUUAGUUGGUACGGGGGAUGAACAAAAGAAAGGUGGACUUCGCACGUACGUUGCGAACGAUUUUCCGCGGCCAAUAUUUGUCGGCUGGUGGUUGAUUUGUUGAAUUGAUCGGUGGAUAGUUGGUAUUUUUCCGUUGCUUGACUGAUUCCUCAUGAGAUUCCAUUCCAUAGGCUCGAUUAGAGGAGGAGGGAAAAGGAUUUAUUUAUGAUACACAAAUCCGUUUCGUUCCCUUGUUUUGCCACCUUAACCCAAGAGGGGGGGCAUUUCAAGGGAAGGGAAACAAUUUGUUUUGCUAGCUUAUCAUAGAACGACGCACAUCAUCAUCGUUGCACCUUCAUCGUCGACCAUCGCUGCCCAGCGAUGGGUAUGUUUUUGUUCUAAGCUUUUUAUCUCGCACAAAGUAGGAGAGAGAGAAACAACAUGCAAGGAACCCUUAUUUCCCAUCCUUUGGUCGUGUAAAUACAUUCACAUCACGCGAGCGGUGCGGGACGGCAGGCGAGAUCGUGUUUCAGUUUUAGAGGAAUAUGAUUAGCGAAAGCGUUCGUAGCGUAAAGCCAUGUGCACGUCACCACUUAACGACAGCGGUCACAUGUACUACACGAAAUACAUAUCACAACAACGGAAAAUACACUGUUUGUACUAAA